CGGGAUCAUUCAGGUGUUUCAGUUUUGAUUGUUCACUAGUCCAGCUAUGGCAAAAACUAGGAAUUCUGUCAUUUUAAAAUAUUGCAUUUUUAUAAUUUUUUUAACAUGUGCCGCUGUUAUUUCCAUUUUGCAUUUUACAGGGAUGCUGAGCCCACUAGUGCUAGCUGUGCUGGCGCUGUUCUCUGCUGGUGCAUCUGCAGACUCAGAACUUCCGGCGUACAGACUGCGAGGAGAUGUUGUACCGACCCACUACAUCGUAGAGAUCUCCACAGACCUUGAGGGCUUCACCUUUGAGGGCAAAGUCUGGAUAAAACUGGAAUGCAAGACUGCAACUGACACAAUCUACCUCCAUUCUCGCAACCUCACGAUUCCUGAGAAGGAAGUCACUUUCAAGCAUGUUGCUAGCGAGAAGGAAUUUGAGGAUAUAACAAUAUCUGGAAUAUCGUACGAAGACAAGAACGAAUUUUUGAUAGUGAAACUAGGGGAAAAGGUUACUCCAGGAAAGAACUACAUCCUUCAUAUUCCAUUUCAUGGAAUCCUUUCAGAAGGACUUGCAGGAUACUACCGCUCGAGCUACUUUGAUAGAGCUGCUAACACAACAAAAUGGCUUGCUGUAACUCAAUUUGAGUCUACGGAUGCAAGAAGGGCUUUCCCCUGCUUUGAUGAGCCUGGUAUGAAGGCAAAAUUUACCAUCAAAAUGGCCCACAAAGAAGGACUUAAAUCCAUCAGUAAUAUGCCAUUGCAAAGAACUUCACCUGUGGAAGGCAAGCCGGGCUGGGUUUGGGACGAGUACCAAGACACUGUACCAAUGUCAACUUACCUGGUUGCCUUCAUGGUUAGCGAGUUUGAAUACAGAGAGUCAGAUCCUCAACCUAACAAAGUUCUCUUUCGGGUCUGGGCCAGAAGAGAUGCUAUUGAUCAGGUGGAAUUUGCCAGGAAAGUUGGGCCAAAGUUUUUGUCCUAUUACGAACAGUACUUUGAUGUUGGAUACCCUCUGCCCAAGCAAGACAUGGUUGCUAUUCCUGACUUUAAUGCUGGAGCAAUGGAGAACUGGGGGUUGAUUACAUAUAGAGAGACGGCUCUUCUCUAUGAUGAGAACGUUACGUCCCAGGCGUUUCAACACAGCAUUGCCUCCGUGAUUGCCCAUGAGCUGGCGCACCAGUGGUUCGGCAACCUGGUCACCAUGCGUUGGUGGACUGACCUCUGGCUAAACGAGGGGUUCGCUACAUACGUCGCUGGUCUUGGAGUUCACAAUGAAUUUCCUGAAUGGAACUCCUUGAAUGCAGAUGCUGUAAAUAAUCUGUUGGCUGUGUAUUCACUUGAUUCUCUGGCUUCUUCACACCCUGUGUCCGUACCCAUUGGACAUCCCAGUGAAAUAACUCAGAUCUUUGAUCACAUUUCUUACAAGAAAGGAGCCUUUUUACUGAGAAUGAUGAACCUGUUUCUUGGAGAGGAGGUGUUCCGUCAUGGAGUCAGUGAAUACCUCAAAAAGCAUCGCUACGGAAACGCAGAGCAAGAUGACCUUUGGGCCUCCCUCACUGAACAGGCUCACAAGACUCAAGCACUGCCUAAGGAGAUGACAGUCAAACAGAUCAUGGACUCAUGGACAGUACAAACUGGCUACCCAGUCCUCUCGGUCAAGAGAGAAUAUGACUCUGGAAAAGCUAUCUUCAAUCAGAAACGGUACUUGGCUGUGAAAGGUAAACCUGAAGAUGAGAAAGGAUGCUGGUGGGUCCCGUUGACAUUCUCGACUCCUCAACAUCUCGACUUCAACGAGACCAGACCUCGAGAUUGGCUAAGUUGUGACAAGGCUGGGUUGUCCCUUGAUGUAGGAGCUGCUAAGCAAGACUGGCUCAUUGUCAACAAUAAGUUCACUGGAUUAUACAGAGUCAACUAUGAUGACCAGAACUGGCAGCUGAUUUCCGAUGCCUUGAAUGGUCCUGACUACUCCAAGAUAGACACUCUCAAUCGGGUCCAGAUACUAGCUGAUGUGUUGGACCUAGCCUGGAGAGGUGAUUUGAGUUAUCGUCUGGCUUUCCAUCUGCUGCGCUACCUGAAGCAAGAGGCUGAAUACCUACCUUGGAAGGCCGGACUUGGGGGACUCAGCAAUAUAGACCGUCUCCUGCGAAGAACACCAGUCUAUGAGCACUUCAGAAAAUACAUGCAGAAACUUCUUAGCCCGAUAUAUGAAAAGUUUAGUCGAAUGACUGAUACACCAAAGACAUUCGAAGGAGUGAAACAUCAAAGUCUGGUGUUGUCUUGGGCUUGUAGGUUCAACGUUGGAGACUGCAACUCUCAAGCAAGCCAACUGUUCCUGCAAUGGAAGAAAUCACAAAACCCCGAUGAUAUCACUUCAAACCCGUCUGACAAGCUAAAAAUGGUUAACAACAUCCCUAAGGAUCUCCGAGGGAUAGUCUAUUGCCAGGGGGUGAAGGAGGGAGGGGAGGAAGCGUGGACCUUCAUGUGGAACCGUUACCGCAACUCCAAUGUCGGAACUGAGCAGAGCUUGAUCCUAGGAGCUCUAGGAUGUACCAGAGAAGUGUGGCUGCUCAACAGAUACUUAGAAUGGUCCAUUGAUGAGAAAUCCGGAAUCCGUAGACAAGACAGCACUACAGUGUUUGCAAGUGUAGCUCGAACCGACGUUGGAUACUUCUUGGCCAACAAGUUCCUCCGCAGAAACAUCAACAAAAUAUACAAUUACUUUGGACCAAAGGCUACAAGACUUGGUCGUUACAUUGGAGUCAUUGCGGACCAAAUGAUCGAUGAAGAAGAUCUUAAUGAGCUUAAGGCUUUGACAGAGACUCACCAGGCUCUGCUAGAACAGUCAAGACUCUCCAUUAGACAAAGUCUAGAGUCUGUGGUUGUCAACGUUGCUUGGAUGAAGGACUACUAUCAGACCAUCAGCCAGACCCUCACUGUCUGAAAAUCUCUCUGUUUCUUUACACUAGUCAAGUUGUUCAAUUAAAAAAUAUAUUUUUUAUGUCAUUA